CCUUCACCAGAUUAGGUUGUGUUCGGGUGGAGGCCCCGCCCUGACGGAGCGUUGGGACCAUCGUGAAGGCUUUACACGUCGUUAGCUGCUCUUGAAGUCUCUUUCCUCAUUUGUCUUCCACACUGAGGAGCCCAGCAGCUCAAUCUUUACUCUGAACCUUUAGAACCUCUUAAUGUUCUGACUCGGUUCUGAACACUUACUUUGGGUGUUGGUGAAUCUCUUCCUUCAACGGAUCUCACUUUCCUUGCUGUUUUGCUUUUAAAUCUUCAUACUACAUGGGGCAGCAGACGUUUUUCCCACGGAGAAACUAAGGUCUCCAGUCUACUAUGGAUGAGGAGAGAGAGGAGGAGGGUCCUACCUCUAUGACCACUCUGUCUGGGGAACAUGGCCGCCGGAGCAAAGCUAAGAGAAGAGUCCAGCAGGAGAGAACAGACUCCACUGGGCCCAGCUGUGUCUCCAUGAGGAGUGGCCACUCUAUGGAAGAAAAUCAUAACUUUAAGGAUGGAAAUCAGUCUAUUGAGAAAAGAGUCCAGCAGCAGAGAGCAGACCCCCCUGGACCCAGCUGUGUCUCCAUGAAGAGUGACCGGUCUAUGGAACAUCAUGUUACCUUUAAAGAUGGAAAUCAGUCCAUCGAGAAGAGAAGAGUCCAGCAGCAGCAAAGAGCAGACUCCCCUGGUUCCAGCUGUGUCUCUAUGAAGAGUGACCGCUCUAUGGAUCACCCUGCUAAGUUUAAAGAUGGAAAUCAGUCUAUUGAGAAGAGACACCAGGAGAGGUCAAAGGUCACCAGUGCUCAGUCUGUACAGCAGCAUCAAACAGAGCUGGAGAUGAACCAGGAGGAACUGGCUGACACACUGGGGGGCGGUCUCCAGUCUACGAUGGAUGAGGAGAGAGAGGAGGGGGGUCCUACCUCUAAGACCACUCUGUCUGGGGAAAAUGGCCGCCGGAGCAAAGCUAAGAGAAGGAGGCAGGAGAGAGCAGACUCCCCUGGACCCAGCUGUGUCUCCAUGAAGAGUGACUGGUCUAUGGAUCAUCCUCCUGUCCAGUUUAAAGAUGGAAAUCACCAACCUUCUAAGGAAAGAAGGAGGCAGGAGAGAGCAGACUCCCCUGGACCCAGCUGUGUCUCCAUGAAGAGUGACGGGUCUAUGGGUAUACCUCCUGUGCUUAAAGAUGGACGGCCCUCCAGAGAGGAGAGAAGGAGGCAGGAGAGAGGAGACUCCCCUGGACCCAGCUGUGUCUCCAUGAAGAGUGACCGCUCUAUGGAUAUACCUGAAAACUUCAAAGAUGGAAAUCAGUCUAUUGAGAAGAGAAGAGUACAGCAGCAGAGAGCAGACUCCCCUGGACCCAGCUGUGUCUCCAUGAAGAGUGACAGCUCUAUGGAUAUUCCUGUUGGGUUUAAAGAUGGAAAUCAGUCUAUUAAGAAGAGAAGAGUCCAGCAGCAGCAGCAGAGAGCAGACUCCCCUGGACCCAGCUGUGUCUCCAUGAAGAGCGACUGGUCUAUGGAUCAUCCUCCUGUUGGGUUUAAAGAUGGAAAUCACCAACCUUCUAAGGAAAGAAGGAGGCAGGAGAGAGCAGACCCCCCUGGACCCAGCUGUGUCUCCAUGAAGAGUGACUGGUCUAUGGGUCUACCUCCUGUGCUAAAAGAUGGACGGCCCUCCAGAGAGGAGAGACACCAUGAGAGGUCAAAGGUCACCACUGCUCAGUCUGUACAGCAGCAUCAAACAGAGCUGGAGAUGAACCAAGAGGAACUGGCUGACACACUGGGGGGCGGAUUUAAUUCUGUUGAGUGCCAAAAUAAAAUCAAGUCUCGUUUGACGAAGAAGUUCAGGUGUGUAUUUGAGGGAAUCGCUAAAGCAGGACAGCCAACAUAUCUGAAUGACUUCUACACAGAGAUUUUCAUCACAGAGAGAGACGGUGGAGAGGUCCACAAGGAACAUGAGAUCAGACUGAUUGAAACCGCUUCCAGGAAACCAGCCAUGGAGGAAACACCAAUCAGAUGUGAGGACAUCUUUAAACCCUUACCUGGAGAAGAUCAACCAAUCAGAACAAUGAUGACAACUGGAGUGGCCGGUAUUGGUAAAACCGUGUUAACACACAAGUUCACUCUGGACUGGGCUGAAGGCAAAACCAAUCACGACAUACACUUCACAUUUCUCCUCACUUUCAGAGAGUUGAAUUUACUGAAAGGGAAAGAGUUUAGCUUGAUGGAACUGCUUCAUCACUUCUUUAUUGAGACCAAAGAAGCAGGAAUCUGCAGAUUCCACCGGUUCCAAGUUGUCUUCAUCUUGGAUGGUCUGGAUGAGUGUCGACUUCCUCUGGACUUCCAGAAAAACCGGAUCUGGACUGAUGUCACAAAGUCCACCACGGUGGACGUGCUGCUGACAAACCUCAUCAGGGGUGACCUGCUUCCCUCCGCUCGCAUCUGGAUAACCACACGCCCUGCGGCAGCCAACCAGAUCCCUGCUGUGUGUGUUGACAUGGUGACAGAGGUGAGGGGGUUCACCGACCAACAGAAGGAGGAGUACUUCAGGAAGAGAUUCAGAGAGGAGCCGCUGGCCAACACAAUCAUCUCCCACGUCAAGAAAUCACGAAGCCUCCACAUCAUGUGUCACAUCCCAGUCUUCUGUUGGAUCACUGCUACAGUUCUGGAGGGCCUCUUCAAAACAUCCCAGAUAGGAGAAGAGAUGCCCAAGACCGUGACUCAGAUGUACAGCCACUUCUUAAGGGUUCAGUCCAUACAGGGGGACAGGAAGUACCGUGGGAGAUCUGAAACAGAUCCACACUGGAGUUCAGUCAGCAGGAAUAACAUUGUUUCUCUGGGAAAACUGGCUUUUAACCAGCUGGAGAAAGGCCACCUGAUCUUCUACGAGGCAGACCUGGCAGAGUGUGACAUCGAUAUAAGAGCAGCCUCAAUAUACUCAGGAGUGUUCACCCAGAUCUUUAAAGAGGAGUGUGGGCUUUACCAGGACAAAGUGUUCUGCUUUGUCCAUCUGAGCAUCCAGGAGUUUCUGGCUGCCCUUUAUGUUUUUCAUUCCUUCAUCAACACUGGGGUCAAUCUGCUCUCAGAAGAUCAACCAACCUCCAGGAAAGUUAAACUUGUUCUCUACAAGAGUGCAGUGGACAAAGCCUUACAGAGUAAGAACGGACACCUGGACUUGUUCCUCCGCUUCCUCCUGGGCCUCUCUCUGGAGACCAAUCAGAUUCUUCUACGAAGUCUGCUGGGAAAGACAGGAAGUAGAUCACUGACCCCUCGGAUUAAACAAGGUCUGCUGGGACAAACAGGAAGGGUCUCACAGACCAAUAAGAAAACAGUGUCUUACAUCAAGGAAAAGCUAGAGAAAGAUAUCUUUCCAGAAAGAAGCAUUAAUCUGUUCCACUGUCUUAAUGAGCUGAACGAUCGUUCACUAGUGGAGGAGAUCCAACAGUCCCUGACAUCAGGAACACUCUCCAAAGGAUCUCUCUCUCCUGCUCAGUGGUCAGCUCUGGUCUUCAUCUUACUGUCAUCAGAAGAGGAGCUGGACGUGUUUGACCUGAAGAAAUACAAAGCUUCAGAGGAGGGUCUUCUGAGGCUGCUGCCAGUAUUCAAAGCCUCCAAAACUUAUCUGCUUAAUGGCUGUCAUCUGUCAGAGACAUGCUGUGAAGCUCUGGCCUCCGUUCUCAGCUCCAACUCCUCUAGUCUGAGAGAGCUGGAUCUGAGUACCAAUUAUCUGCAGGAUUCAGGAGUGAAGCUGCUCUCUGCUGGACUGGGGAGUACACACUGUACACUGGAAACUCUCAGGCUUAAUGGCUGUCAUCUGUCAGAGACGUGCUGUGAAGCUCUGGCCUCAGUUCUCAGCUCCAACUCCUCUAGACUGAGAGAGCUGGACCUGAGUACCAAUGAUCUGCAGGAUUCAGGAGUGAAGCUGCUCUCUGCUGGACUGGGGAGUCCACACUGUACACUGGAAACUCUCAGGCUGACUGGCUGUCAUCUGUCAGAGAGAUGCUGUGAAGAUCUGGCCUCAGUUCUUAGCUCCAACUCCUCUAGUCUGAGAGAACUGGACCUGAGUACCAAUGAUCUGCAGGAUUCAGGAGUGAAGCUGCUCUCUGUUGGACUGGGGAGUCCACACUGUACACUGGAAACUCUCAGGCUGACUGGCUGUCAUCUGUCAGAGAGAUGCUGUGAAGCUCUGGCCUCAGUUCUCAGCUCCAACUCCUCUAGUCUGAGAGAACUGGACCUGAGUACCAAUGAUCUGCAGGAUUCAGGAGUGAAGCUGCUCUCUGCUGGACUGGGGAGUCCACACUGUACACUGGAAACUCUCAGGUCAGUUUUACUCAAUAUCUCAAACAGUUACACCACAAGUUCCACAUCAGAGGACAGUUAUAACCCAGCUUAUAAUUCAGUACCUGUGAUGGCCACAUCCAUGACUUUGGUAUCAUUGGAGAAGUAACACCUUGUUGUUCAGGUGGAUAUUCUAAUACAUCCAUAUGCCACAGAAACAGAAACAUUUUGGAUGGUCUCUGGAAAGAUAUAAAAAAAAUGAUUUGAAACUUGCAAUUGUCACACAAAACGUGUUUCAAAGCUUAAUAUAUCCAGUAGGGGAAUUUGUUUUGGUAUGCUCACAUGUAUUACACAGCAACAUAACAACACAACAUUACAAGACAGAAAGCCAAAACGGCACAUAAAUAACAAGGAGUACAACACUUAACACACAUGAAAAACACACAAUGCAUGGUUCGCGGAGAAUGACAGCAGUAAAGUAGAGUACAGUGGUGCAAAAACUGCAAGUUAGGUAGACCAUGAAGAUCUUAAAGACCUUAAAGUGCUUAGUGUUUGUUCAAGUGGCGUAUAGCUUGUAGAUAGGUACUAUCCCUAAAGCGUGUUGUUUUACGUGUGAUGCUUCUGUACCUCCUCCCUGAUGGUAAGAGUGUGAAUAAGUGGUGUGCUGGAUGAGAGGGGUCAGAGAUGAUCUUCCUAGUUUUCCUUGAAAUUCUAGUGUCAUAGUGCGAGCCUAUGGUAGGCAGACUACAGCCAAUGAUUUCAGAGGCCCUGCGUACUACCCCAAGCUGUUGUUUGUCCUGGCUGGUAGCACUACCAUACCAGACCAGGAUGGAGAAGGUGAGCACGCUUUCGAUGGCUGCACGAUAAAAAUGGGUCAUGCCUGCCUGACUUACCCCAAACUUCCUCAGCUGACGGAGGAAGUAUAUUCUCUGAUUGGAUUUGGAAAUAAUAAGACUAAUGUUCAAGUUCCAUGAUAGGGACUGGUGGAUAGUGGUGCCUAAGAAGCGGAAGGAGGAGACCCACUCCACAACUUGGCCAUUAAUGGAGAUGGGAAGGUGCUGGCCUGCCUUUUUCCUAUAGUCAAUUAUGAGUUCUUUGGUUUUGGUUGUAUUUAGUAUAAGGUUAUUGUCUUCACACCACUGCACCAGCUGUUCAACCUCACUCCGGUAGGUAGAUUCCUCCCCAUCAGAUAUGAGGCCUAUGACUGUGGUGUCAUCUGCAAACUUUAACAUUUUAACAGAUGCAGAGUUUGAUGUACAAUUAUUAGUGUAAAGAGAAAAUAAUAGAGGUGACAAGACACACCCUUGUGGGGCGCCGGUGUUCAGAAUCCUUGGUGAUGACACAUUAUUCUGGAUUUUAACACACUGUUUCCUACUGGACAGGAAGUUUAAGAUCCACUGACAAAGUAGAGCAUUAACUCCUGCGGCCAGGAGAAAGUUGUACAGUCUGACAGGAAUGAUGGUAUUGAAAGCCGAGCUAAAAUCAAUGAACAGUACACGGGCAUAGGUGGACUUAGUGUUCAGAUGUUGCAGAAUGAAAUGUGUGCAAAGUGAAACUGCAUGGUCCACUCCCCUAUUAGCCCUGUAGGCAAAUUGGUGAGGGUCUAGCGUGAUGUACGUCAAGUACCUACAAACUAGGCGCUCAAGUACCUUUAUAACAACAGAAGUAAGUGCCACAGGCCUAUUAGUCAUAUAGUCUCUCUCUCUCUCUCUCUCUCUCUCUCUCUCUCUCUCUCUCUCUCUCUCUCUCUCUCUCUCUCUCUCUCGCUCUCUCUCUCUCUCUCUCUCUCUCGCUCUCUCGCUCUCGUCGUUCUGGAAGUUUAAUUGGGUUUAUUACAGUGAUGGACAGUGCUGUUAGCCAAUCAGAGGUGAUACAUUUGCAUGCCAUGAAUAUUUAUAUAUUUCUUUCACCAAAUCCGACUCAGAGCGCAUUCAUUGCUAUUAGUGACCAACGCAAAAUCAAUGAAUAAUGAUGCAUUAAAAGCUUUAAGCAAUAUAACACAAGUGUGAGUGGGGUUGUUAGUUUGUUAAAAAAAAAUGAUUGGGGGGGGGGGUCGCCAGAGGAUCAGGGUAAGGUCAGGGGGGCGUUUGCUCAAAAAAGGUUGAGAACCACUGGUCUAUAGCUUAUAACCGCGUUGUCUGAUUACAGUUUAAUUAAUUUUUCCCAAUUUACCAGCUCUCGUUUUGAAGAAUAAUCACCGCACCAUUCGUUUCAAUGGGAAUAGCGACUAUACUUUGUCUAUACUUUCAACAUAAAGUGUACAUAUUUAUAAUUUGAAAUUUGUCGCAGCCUUUAUACCACCGAUACUAUAGGGUCUAUAGCAUAUAACCACGUUUUCUGAUUACAGUUUAAUGUAACAGUAAGCUGAUAACAUCCUAAUUAACACCACAACUGCAAAUGAACCACACGGAGAUAACCGUGGCAACCGGUCAAACAAAUGUUCUUUCUGCGAUCAUUCUGCUCGCGCAUCCGCCGUGUUGAUAAACAAAUAAUCCCCCUAUAGCGCGACUGCGGUCCACUUUAAAAAAAAAGUUAAAGCUUCAUUAAUUAAUAAAGAAACGGUUAACCGUGUACACGAAAAAGUAGGUUGUGUAAACGUUUACAUUUUUUUGUAACCGUUCACACCCCUAAUAUCCAGUACUCAUUAUCUUAAUUACUAAUUCUUUAUCCACAAAUACUUCAUCAAGGUAAAGGCACUUGUGUUUGGAGUAGGACGUUCACUAAGUGGUUGACAGACUGGAAAAACACAGGAUUUUACAUGUGUGUGUGUGUGUGUGUGUGUGUGUGUGUGUGUGUGUGUGUGUGUGUGUGUGUGUGUGU